GGCUGCGAGAUGGACUCGCGGGAAGCAAAAGAGAUGGCGCAGAAAAAGGAAGUCAUCAUGCAUCUUGAACCCACGCAAGUAGACAUGCCAUGCAUGCUUACCUGGUCAUCAGUAUCUAUCUACCAUACCAGUCGCAACAAACCCUCACGCUGCCCAUCUGAUGAGUGAUCAGCCGAUCCAUGACCUAGCCGCCUCUCCUUGCCUGCCAACCCAAUCCAUAUAUCCACGGUCCAAAUCCAUGGCGGCUCUAUAAAUUAUUAACUAGGGCACACAAAUCCUGCCUUCCUACCUAGCUCCUACAGAUCAUCGACAGAAACACUCCCUCUUCUUGUUCUUGCAGCCUGCCUUUCAAGAGUGCCUUCAGCCGCACCCCGAUCGAUCAGUUUGCUUGGACUGAUCAGAGAUCUGCUGGACAUGACCUACUCAUCCUUCUCCAAUGACCGGCCGGUCGGAGGUGCAGCAAGUGGGGCGAAGAACAUGUCGGCCGCCGGCGCCGCCGCCAGAUCGUGGUCGCCGUCGGUGGAGGACGCGAUGAGCUUCGUGCAGAUGGUGAAGGAGGCGUUCAAGGAGCAGCACCCGGACAAGUACCACCUCUUCGUCCGCGUCAUGGACGACUUCAAGAACCACCGGAUCGGCAUCGCCGAGGUGGCGGCCACCGCCAAGGCCCUGUUCCAGGACAACCCUGACCUGGCGCUGGGAUUCAACGCCUUCCUCCCCAAGGGCCACAGGAUCCUGGUCGGCCUUGAUGAGCUCGCCGCCUGUUUCAUCAGGGACAUGAAUCUGGACGACGAUGACGACGGCCAUUGACUCUGCUAAUUACUCUCAGAGUUUGCGUGUGCUCGCCACACGCCAUCUAUCAUCUUUCUGUUUAAUUAAUUUUUCAUUUUCUCCCCAUUUUGUUUCUUGCUACCGAUUGUACUACUCGCCAACGGUUGCAUCCUAUGUACACAAAUUUGCCUUGUCGAUGCUACUCUUUUCGAACAUCAUCACGUGAGAAAAAGGGGAAAAUUUUUUGGGUAA